AUGUUCCAUCCAGAUUCAAAGCUGGAUACAAUCUCUCACUCACCAAUGACUGCCGCCAUUCAACGCGCCGGUGCUACCCGCCGCCUGUCUGAUGCCGAGUCGAAAACAAUGAAGGCCAGAAAUGUUGUCGAGACAAACGAGCAGACUCCGCGAGAAAGUCAUGGCGACUCAAUCAAUGAUGGAUCUAUGAAGCCAACCUUCGACCAUACCCGCCGCAAAUUGAAGCCUCGCCAUAUCCAACUAAUUGGCAUCGGUGGAACGAUUGGCACAGCACUCUAUGUUCAGAUUGGUUCUGGCUUGCGCACCAGUGGCCCAGCAAGCUUAUUUCUUGCGUUCACUAUCUGGAGUAUGGUGAUUCUGAUCAUAACUGUUUGUCUGGCGGAAAUGGUUACUUACCUUCCCAUUUCCUCCCCGUUCAUUCGAUUUGCUGGCCGCUAUGUCGAUGAAGCACUCGGCGUCGCCGCCGGCUACAACUUCUUCAUCUUCGAAGCCGCCCUCGUGCCUUUUGAGAUUGUCGCUGUCAGCUUGAUUAUCAACUAUUGGACCAGUGCGAUACCAGUAGCCGCAAUGAACGUGAUUGUUCUUGUGCUCUAUGCAGUGCUCAACGUCUUCGCCGUGAAAUGGUACGGAGAAGCAGAAUUCUGGCUCUCCUUAGGCAAAGUGCUCCUCAGUACUGGCCUUAUCUUCUACACAUUUAUUGUAAUGCUAGGAGGAAAUCCCCUCGGCGACCGAUUCGGCUUCAGAUACUGGAAUGAGCCCGGGGCAUUUGCAGAAUACUACAAGACCGGAGAUACAGGCAAAUUCCUCGCUUUUUUAUCGGCUCUCAUCACAGCCAGCUUCACUAUCGCGGGACCCGAUUAUGUGUCCAUGGCUGCUGGAGAAACUAUCAACCCUCGUGUUGUACUACCAAAGGCAUUCAAUGGGGUCUUCUAUCGUCUCACGGCAUUCUUUGUUCUCGGUGUUCUAUGUGUGGGUAUUCUGGUUCCCUAUGAUGACAAGGAAAUGGCCUCGGCUUUUGAUAAUGAUAAGCCUGGUGCUGCGGCUUCACCAUAUGUCAUUUCUAUGGAUCGACUGCAUAUUCCUAUUCUGCCCCAUAUCGUCAAUGCCGUUGUUUUAACGGCUUCUUUCAGUGCAGGGAAUAGCUACGUGUAUUGUGCUAGUCGCAGUUUGUACGGUCUUGCGUUGGAAAGAAAGGCACCUCGAUUUUUGACCAAGUGCACUCAGCAAGGCGUACCUAUCUACUGUGUGGCUGUUGUUCUUCUCAUUGCGCUGCUUAGCUUCUUGCAGGUGUCUAAUGGUGCUUCAGUUGUACUCAACUGGUUUGUCAAUCUUGUCACUGCCUCCCAACUCAUCAACUUUUCUGUCGUCACCUUCACCUACAUCCGUUUCAAGAAGGCACUCGAUGUCCAGGGGGUUUCACGGGAUAGUUUACCAUACAAGAGUUGGUUCCAGCCCUACAUCGCCUACAUCGCCUGCGCCUCCACUACGAUUAUGGCUUUUGUCGGUGGCUACACGGUUUUCUUGCCUGGUAAAUGGUCAAUUCCUACAUUUCUCUUCUCAUAUACCAUGAUUGGAGUCUUUCCUAUUCUUUAUUUCGGGUGGAAGCUUUUCCACAGAACGAAGUUCUUGAAGCCUGAAGAGGUUGAUCUAAUUAGCGGUUUGGCGGAGAUUGAUGAGUAUGAGAGAGAGCUUGUGUCAUUGCCUCCAAAGAGCAUUCUUCAUAAGUACAUCAACAAGCUGUUCGACUGA